GUGACUUCCCCCACUUGGAGUCAAACCACUUCCCAGCCAUGGCGAUCGCAGCACUGCUCUUGAGCCUCUGGGCAGGUGCUGCAGCAAUAUGUGAAGAGCCGAACGUGAGGUACCAGGGGGUGCAGCUCUCGACGGAACGUGGCUUGGAAGAUGUCUCCGCCUGUCGAGCUUCUUGCGUCAAUACCUUGGGCUGCCAACAUUUCAGCUUUACAGAGAAAAAGGUCAUUUCGAUGGAGGAGUUGAUGAGACGAAAGGCAGAGGCAGAAAGAAAAGCAGAGGAAGAGAGGGAGAAAGAAGAGGAGAAGAGGAGGGAAGAAGAAGCAAGGAGGAAGGCAGAGGAGCAGGCAGAGAAGGAGAAGGAAAUGGCAAAAGAAGCAAAAGAAGCGGCAGCAGAGCAGGCAGCGAAGGAGAAGAAAAUGGCAGAAGAAGCAAAAGAAGCAGCAGCGGAGCUGCAGGCUAAGCAAGAGGCGAAGAAAGAGGAAUUGGAGGAACAGGCGAAGGAAAAAGCAGAGCAAGAAGCCCAAGAAAAGGAAUUGGCAGAAGCGACAGAAGUGACACAAGAGCAGCAGAUUGAGCAAGAAGCAACCGAAGAGGAAAUCUUGGCAAAAGCAAAAGAGAAAGCCCGCGAAGAUGACCUGAAGCGUACUGCAGAAGCAAAUUCAGAAGAUUUGGAAGUGGAAUCACCAGAAGAGUCGACUGAAGAACUGACAGAGGAACCAGAUGCACUGGAGGCAGAGCAACCGGAGACGGAGAAUAUCCAAGCGAAGGUGGCAGCGCAGCAAGAGAAAUUGAAAGCGCAGCUGUUGAAGAUGUUGGGCACACCCACGGAGGAUCGCCAAUUGGACCUGAAGGGAACUGCAGAAGCAAGUGGAGAAGAUUUAGAAGUGGAAUCACCAGAAGAGUCCACUAAAGAAUUGACGCAGGAACCAGAAACACGGGAAGCAAAGAAGGAGAAGAUCCAAGCGAAGGUGGCAGCGCAGCAAGAGAAAUUGAAAGCGCAGCUGUUGAAGAUGUUGGGCACACCCACGGAGGAGCGCCGCUUGGAUGGAAACCCUAUCCGGAAGCUGCAGGACCAAACCAUUGCACCAAGCGUUUGCGUCUUAUUUGACUCCACCAGCCAGAAGGAGCCGGCUGACUCUGAGAAGCGAAUCACCUCAGGUGGGGCGCUACGAACGGAGCGAUCGGACGCUACGUUCGGGGCUCCUGGCCUUACUACUAGGAGCAAUGUUCGCUACUAGGAAC